CAAAGCGCGACAAUGGAGGCGAUCAGUGGCGCAGCUUAGUUGUCAAAAAUCACAUACUUCUCUUCUGGUACUAUCUGACCCACGCACAUGGGAAACAUCAGGAACGUUCCUUACAGCUGAAUUCAAGAUAAUAGGCCGUGCCUGAAAAACUACACAUGGGCCCAAUUCAUUGGGAUGAGAGAACCUCAUCCAAUAUUGGUUGAAGUGGCUCGAAGUGCCCUGUGUGCUGCUCCUCUCGGUGUCCAGCAGCGGAUAGAAGCCUUCUGUCUAAUUUGCAACGCUUUUUGCCUGCGUGCGCUAUAUUUCUGGCGGACCUAUCGUUUUAUGUUUCACUGUGUGGAAUCAGGGGGAGGCUAGCUCUGGCGCUGGCUCCAAAACGUAUAUAAACCUAUAACUCGUCUCUUCCUUGACAGUUGCUCACCCGUAUCCUUCCAACAUGUCUAUCCAGAAGACCUCCACAAACGUCAGCCCAAGGGCCAUACACCGCAGUGUUCCUCCCUUGUGGCAUUCUUAUCUGAAGUUGGCUAGAAUGCAUACUUGGCCCGCGGGAACCCUGCUAUUCUUCCUGCCAUGCACGUGGGCACUAACCAUGUCAGCAUAUACCUCGGGGCUCCCGCCGAAACACCUCUUUAUUCAAGGGCUAGGUUGUCUCCUUAUGUGUACGGUCCGCCACAGCGCUGCUUGCAUCUGGAACGAUAUUUGCGAUCGGGACUUUGAUCGUAAAAUCGAACGAACUAAGACACGCCCGAUAGCAUCUGGAAUAAUCUCGGUGUCCUCUGCGCUCCUAUUCCUUGCCGUAAACUGCAUUAUCUAUCUUGCAAUGCUAGCGCAGGCAGGGCGUGAAGCUAUGAACUUUGGCAUCAUCGGCCUCUUCACAUUUGAGAUGAUAUAUCCUAUAUCUAAGCGGUUCACCAAUUGGCCACAGGCAUGGCUAGGCGUUGAUUGCGCCUGGGGUGUGCCCAUCGCAUGGGCCAUCAACCACGAGACGAUGAAUUGGGAAAUAGUCUUCAUCCUUAUGGUCGGUAUCACAUGCUGGGCCAUUCAUUUUGACACCGUAUAUGCCUGCCAAGACAGACAGGAAGAUGCACAGGUCGGAGUGCGUUCCUGCGCUCUUCUGUUCGGGAAUUACGUUCGUCCAAUUCUGGCACUAUUUUCUACCGCAUUUAUUGCAUCUCUUGCGUACGCCGCAUAUCUGAAUCGGCAAGGGCCGCUAUACUACAUCAUCGCCGUCCUGGGAUCAGCUUUGCAUCUUGUGUGGCAAUUUGCGAGCAGCGACGACUGGGAAAAAGAUGGCGGGAGGAUUUUCAAGUCGAACGGUGACCUUGGAUACAUCGUCUUGGCGGGGAUGCUAUGUGACUAUGCUUACAAAGUUGCGGUUUAAUUUCUUGCGUCGCUGCUUAGAAUGCAGCAGAAUCCUCGCACAUAGAUUCAUAUAUGACUUGCAGUAGAAGAGGAUGGAGGUCGUUUCGCAGGUCUCUAACGCGCUUUGCCAUGUUGCUCGAAUCAUCUUGUGGUUAAAUAAAUGAGAUGCAUCUACACUGUG